UUAUAAAUUGAAAGACGCUAUGGUCUAAUUCUCAUCACAUAAUAUCCAUUCAUUUUCCAAACAUGACUCCCUUCCUAAUAACUUCAAUCAUUCUUCUACUCAUAACAUACAAACUCUACCAACGGUUUCGGUUCAAGCUCCCUCCCGGGCCUCGGCCAUGGCCGAUAGUCGGCAACCUUUACGACAUUAAGCCCGUAAGGUUCCGGUGUUUCGAGGAAUGGUCUAAAACUUACGGUCCGAUAAUUUCAGUUUGGUUCGGUUCAAAUUUAAACGUAAUUGUUUCGAAUUCGGAAUUGGCUAGAGAAGUGCUAAAAGAAAAUGAUCAACAUUUGGCUGAUAGACAAAGGAGUAGGUCAGCAGCAAGAAUGAGUAGAGAUGGAAAAGAUUUGAUAUGGGCUGAUUAUGGAGCUCAUUAUGUUAAAGUUAGAAAAGUUUGUACAAUUGAGCUUUUUUCAGCAAAGAGACUUGAGGCUCUUAGACCUAUAAGGGAACAUGAGGUCAAUGCCAUGGUUCAAUCUAUUUAUACUUACUGCACUCAUCCUGAAAAUGAAGGCAAAAGUUUGGUAGUGAGGAAGUAUUUAGAAGCAGUAGCAUUGAACAAUAUAACAAGGCUAGCAUUCGGUAAGCGAUUUGUGAAAGAUAAAGGGGAAAUGGAGGUUCAAGGCAAAGCAUUCAAGCAAAGUAUUGCGAGCGGUACAAAGUUAGCAGCCUCGCUUUCUAUGGCAGAACACGUUCCAUGGCUCCGUUGGUUGUUUCCGAUAAAUGAAGAGGUUUUUGCGAAACAUUGCGACGAAAGGGACCGACUUACUCGAGAGAUAAUGGACGAGCACUCGGUGGCUCGCGCAAAAUCUGGCCAGACCAACCAACAUUUUAUCGAUGCGUUGCUUACGUGCAAGGAUCAAUAUGACCUUAGUGAAGAAACUAUUAUUGGUCUCCUUUGGGAUAUGAUCGUUGCCGGUUCAGACACAACCGUAAUUUCAGUAGAAUGGAUAAUGGCUGAACUCGUUAAGAAUCCGAGGGUGCAAAGAAAGGCUCAAGAAGAGCUAGACCGUGUUAUUGGAUCCAAACGUGUCUUGACCGAGGCGGAUUUCUCGAAUUUACCUUACCUACAAAUGGUAGCCAAAGAGGGACUAAGGUUGCACCCACCUACGCCACUAAUGCUCCCUCAUCGAGCCAGUUCCGAUGUCAAACUCGGAGGCUACGACAUACCCAAGGGGUCGAUUGUUCAAGUGAACGUAUGGGCUAUAGGGCGUGAUCCGGCCAUUUGGAAGAACCCGGAAGAGUUCAGGCCAGAGCGGUUCCUCGGGGAGGAUGUGGACAUGAAAGGUCAUGAUUUUAGGCUGCUUCCAUUUGGUGCAGGAAGGAGAGUGUGCCCUGGUGCACAACUUAGUAUUUACUUGGUCACUUCUAUGUUAGGUCACUUGUUGCACCAUUUCGAUUGGAAUCUUCCUAAAGGUGUGAUGGCUGAGGAUAUCGACAUGUCGGAAAGUCCGGGGAGGGUUACUUACAUGCGAACUCCGUUACAAGCACUUGCUACUCCUCGUCUUCCUUCCGAAUUAUACAAAUGUCACGCAGUUACUAUCUGAUUUUUUGAUAUUCAUAUUCAUAUGUUUAGUUCUUUCUUACUAUUUAAAACUACUUUGGUGUUCAUUGUUGUAUUUUAAUUAUUUGUUAUUCUCUCUCA